UGAUAUCAGGGCCCACAUUCUGCCUAUAUAUUUAGGCCCUCUUCCCCAACCUACUUUCUUUCUUUCCUCUUCGUGCUUGCCCUUUCUAGAGAGAGAGAGAGAAAAAGCCCACAACCACCACUACGGAUAAUUGUUUCUUUGCUAAGCUGACUUGGCAUUAGUCAACCAUACCACAAGUGUCUGUAAGGAAAGUUUACUGUCGCAAUUUCAGACAACAACUAAAAGGGAAUGGUUUUUCACUCCAGACAUCAUGGAAGGCAAAGGCAGAGCUCCCAAUGACAACGAGAAGCGACCUCCGGAGAAUUCCACACCCUCCAACGAAAACAGAAAGCUGUCUGAGAAUAGCGCCAGCACUUCUGUGUUCGUGAAUCACGCCGAGAUUGCUUGGAACGAGAUCAGAAGAAAAUGGGUCGGGAAUGUGUCUCAUAGGCCAGAAAGGACGAUGAAGGAUCCGAUUAUAAGCUGGUCGACGACUUAUGAAGAGUUGCUCUCAAACCACGAACCUUUCCCCGAGCGGAUACCUUUACCUGAAAUGGUUGACUUUUUGGUCGAUAUUUGGCAAGACGAGGGGCUUUUCGACUAGAUAGAUAGUUGUGACGAAUGUGGUUCACUUUGGAGGUGAACUUUCAGGAGGGACGAGAGGGCGGUGAUUGCGGCGUCGGUGGGCGACAAGGGCAGGGCAAAGCUGGAUGAACACAACAAUUAUCCAUUGUUGUUGUAGCAAAAGGUAAUCUUAUAUAUAUAAUAUAGAAUAGUAUAGGUUGCUGAGAAUCUGGAAAAAGAGGUAGCGUUAGCAAUUUAGCAGAGAUUUGCAUUUCUUUGUUGGUAAUGCAUCCAAAUUUUAGCUGACUUUGGUUGUCUAAAAAUUAAUUUCAUGCAUUUCACGUCA